GAAUUUUUUGAAAAUUACCGAAAAUUGUUGAAAAACGUGCGAAAAUGUGCAAUGCGUGAAUGGAAAAGUUUUUGUUUUUUUAUUUUGUGAAAGUAGCUCGCGGAAAAAUGUUUGUGCAGGCGUAAUGAGGAAAUCAGGCAGUGGAUGAUGAUAAAAUGUGUGUGUGUGAGAUGUGUGUGAAGCGAGUGCAGCAAAUUGGGCUACAAAAUUGAAAUCGAGGCUCGCGCAUUCGUGUAUAAUAUAUAUGUAUAUGUCGCGGCCCAGAUCGUUGCAGCCAAUUGAGCAAUAUGGCGAGACCAUUUUGGGCCUGGCGCCGCCUAAGCCUGAGCCUUUUAUUUGUGUUCAUCUACUGUGCCCCUGGCAUCAUUGCCGAGAAAAUCAACUACAAUCUUGUUCAUUCCUGGGCGGACAAGCUGGGCUUGGAGCUGUUUUCACUGGGCGAUUUUAUCACCAGGCGCAAGGAGGUGCAAGAGAGCUUCAAGGAAGCAAAAGUGGUGACGCGUCAAGGUGGCGUCAUUGUCGAGUCGAUGGCCAAAGAAAUCGAAAUGAUGAUGGAUCUCAAAGUCAGCGCCGUGCGUCGCAUUAUGGAUACCGCUGAGAAUACGGCGCUGUCGCAUCAGAAUGAUAUGGCGGACAAGAUGUUCUCGUACUACAAUGCAAAAUCGAUGGCGGAGCCGGGCGAACCAACACCACCAGCACCGACCACGCCACCCGAUAUGGAUGAUCAGAUUGGCGAGCCGUUGAUCUAUGUGCCACCGAAGGUGUUGGUGCUGGAGCCGAGUCCGGAAUUUCAGAAUACGCCCGUUAAUUUCAGCGUCAGUUCGGUGCAUGUGCCGGUGAAUGUGUUUGAUCGAGCGUCGGAUGUUAUAAAAGCGAUUCAAUGGUCGGAGAAUUUGGAUCAGAUAUUUCGUGAUAAUUACAAAAACGAUCCAAGUUUGUCGUGGCAAUUUUUUGGCAGUUCGACAGGCUUUAUGCGUCAAUUCCCUGCAUCGAAGUGGAAGAAGGACGUACCGGUUGAUCUAUAUGAUUGCCGUUUACGCUCUUGGUACAUGGAGGCGGCGACGAGUCCAAAGGAUAUUAUUAUCCUAAUGGAUGGAUCUGGUUCAAUGUUGGGACAGAGGCUAGAUAUCGCAAAGCAUGUUGUCAAUACGAUACUUGAUACAUUAGGUACAAAUGACUUUGUGAACAUCUUCACCUUUGAUAAGGAAGUGAGCCCAGUUGUCGGAUGUUUCGAGGACACACUGAUUCAAGCAAAUCUGGGCAACGUACGUGAACUAAAAGAAGGGAUUGAAUCGUUUAAACCCAAAUCGAUUGCCAAUUAUACCGCUGCAUUGACAAGAGCUUUCGAGAUAUUGGAAGAGACGAAGAUUAAUUCGCGCGGUGCGCAAUGCAAUCAGGCGAUUAUGAUCAUUGGGGAUGGGGCACCCGAAAACAAUCAAGAGGUCUUCCAGUUGCACAAUUGGCGCGACCCGCCCUAUAGGCCGGUGCGUGUGUUCACCUAUCUGAUUGGCAAAGAGGUGGCGAAUUGGGAUGAUAUACGGUGGAUGGCAUGUGAAAAUCAGGGCUAUUAUGUGCAUCUCAGCGAUACCGCUGAGGUGCGCGAAAUGGUAUUAAAUUAUAUACCAGUUAUGGCUAGACCCCUGGUAUUGGGUAGGCACGAUCAUCCGGUCAUUUGGACGCAGGUCUAUGCGGACCUCGAGGAUACAAAACUCUCCGACUAUUUGUGGGAGAUCAAGCAGUGCGAGGAGCAAAAGGCCGAUGUCCUGGAAUACUGGCAAGUCCGCGAUCGCAUGUUGGAGCCGAAUGAGAUGCGCAGGCGCGAGUAUCGGCGCAUGAAGGAGACCUGGAAUCAACCAGUGGACUCCAAUGUCUAUCAGUUCAUGACCACCGUUUCCAUGCCCAUUUACGAUAGACGCGAAAAUGCGAAUAUCACCGAAGAAGUUUUAAUAAAUGAAGCACUCUGGGAAUUGCAAACACGUGAGACAAGAAUCGCAAAUAUAUUGGGCGUGGCUGGUACUGAUGUGCCCAUCAAUGACAUCAAAAAGCUGCUAUCGCCGUUUAUGCUUGGCGUGAAUGGCUAUGCGUUUAUAGUAACCAACAAUGGUUAUGUACUAUUCCAUCCAGAUUUUCGUCCAAUUUUCCAAGGUUAUAUAUUAAAACCAGCUUACAAUAGCGUUGACAUGAUUGAAGUUGAGCUAUUGGAUGACGAUCGAGCCGCCAGAGACUUUAAUCCAGUGCUGAUGACGAUACGCGAUUCUAUAAUCAAUCAAUCGACCGGCAGCAAAUGGAUGCUGGUAAAGAAUCAUUUCGAUGAAAUGAAACGUGUGGCUCGCGUCAAGCGUCAGUAUUACUGGACUGCUAUAAAAAAUACACCAUUCACUUUAGUCAUCACCUAUCCGGAGCGUUAUGGUGUUAGUCGCAUGGAGCCACGCACCGAACAGGAUAUUCAUCGCACCUAUAUAACGGGCAAAAAUAUACGCAGCUUCUUCGAUGGCAAACGCUGGAAAAUUCAUCCCGAUUGGCUAUUUUGCAAGCAAACCAAUAAGACAUUCCGAACGCCCGAAACUGAACUUUUGUAUUUUGUGGAUCGUAUGUCUGAACCUGGUUGGCACUGGCCAUCGAGUCGAAGCGCUAUGCCCCCGGAGCAUGCGGCGGCCAUUUUCUCUAACAACUCAUCAACUGGCCGCUAUCCAUCAAUCAAUGAAAAAGAAAGCUACUAUUGCGAUCGCCAGCUAAUGCAAUCACUGGUUUUCGAUGCGCGUGUCACGAAAUGGUUCUCCAACAACACCACUUUCAAUGCCCGCGACAAGGACGAGAAGAGCGUAAGCGCAUCAAGCCCAAUAGCCGUACUAAUGGGUUUGCUGCCAAGACACGAAUUCAAGCAGAGAUUUGGGAUCACCGUCGCCUUUUUGGCCACGCACAGUGGUUUGACCCGCUGGCACGAGUUCCACUCGAAUAUGGCCGAGCAGCCGGGUGUGGGUGAGAGCUUUAGUCAGAACAAUAAGCGCGCCAUCGAUGAGAUCUGGUAUAAACGCGCUGUGGACCAAUAUUUUGUGCACAAGGAGAGCUUUGUCUACUCGGUGCCCUUUGAUGCUGGAGAGAGUGGCUCAGAAAUAAUCGUAACUGCCAGUAAUGCCAUCUUUCACAAUGAGAGCUCCAAAUCGGCGCCAGCUGCCGUCGUCGGCUUCCAGUUUCAGCACUCGGCUUUCUACAAGCUCUUCCAUAACAUCACCGGCAAUGCCUGUGCUGUGGAUGAUAAGGACUGCUAUAUACUCGAUAAUAAUGGCUUUGUGAUCAUCUCCUCACGUGUACACGAGACGGGCAAAUUUUUUGGUGAAGUUAAUGGCGCAAUCAUGAUGCGCCUCGUCGAGGAGCGGGUGUACAAGCGUGUCAUCGUCUACGACUAUCAGGCAGUGUGCUUUGAGUCGAAGACCGAAGUCAAUGCUUCCAAUAUGCUACUCUCUCCACUUUUUCAUUUGCUGCGCGUAAGCAAAUGGCUGCUGCAUACGGCGCUGUGGUAUAUUGUACAACUGAUGAGAUUGGCGCCGGGCGUUGCGGGCCAUUACAAUGAUGUCUAUAUGGAUGGGAAUGGCACCGAACCGGAGCCAGAGCCCGAUGACAAUGGCCAGACAAAGAAUACCGCCUGGUUGCGCUACCUGACACUGCAUCGCACGCGGCUCAAGUCGUGCGACAUGCAGCGAGAGCUGUACAUGUUGUACAAUGAGAAGGACAACGUUGUCUACAAUAUGACAGCGCAUGCAUGCGAGCGGCCAUUUGUGGUGCUGCCCAUACCGAACAGUAAUCUCAUACUGCUCGUCAUCGAUCAGCUGUGUCCCCGAGAUGUUGCCUUCGUGCUCAAUGUGAACCCGAAGCCGAUCAGCUACCCGCUGGCGCCCAACGAGACCUUCUCGUGUUACAAGCACGUACGCGAAUUCAAUCGUGUGCGUCCAUCGAGUUGCAUCAGUCGCCAUGCGAAUGAGAGCAACAUCAAGUUGUGUGGCAAGGGUUGCACGAUCUAUGCGAAUCUCAUGUUGCUAUUGCUGAGUCACGUGUUGAGUCGCUUGCUUUAACGGCGGUCGCCAUAUGUUUAGCUAAUUGUAGGCAAUAUCUAUAUAUACUUAUAUUGAUAAUGGUUUUUUGUAUAAUACUAUGAUAGUUAAAAACAGAAAAAAAAAAGCAAAAAAAAAAAUAGAGGGGGAAGGAGUACGAUUUUUUACUAUACUCGAAAAACGCUUGAGCGCUGUUCAUUUUUUCCACAAUUUUUGUCAAACUUAGUGUUAAGAUAUGAGGUGUAGCUACCAAAAUUUGUGUUUGUGAGUUUUAUGUUAACUAUUGAAACCAUGUAACAGUGUGUGCACUGCCUAUGAUGGACGAGGUGCUGCUGCUUUAUUGUAGACCUUCCAAUAGACAAACCAAAAUAUA